AUGGGGUUGGCACCACCCGACGCUGUGUUGCUUGUGCGGCUGGCAGUUACCAGAAGCUCUCCGGGGAGACGGCCUGUAUUCCCUGCGAGCAGAGUUCAGGCUGGAAUUGGUAUGGGUCAGGUGGUCACCUUCGCCCAGCUGCUGUAUGUCAUCCGACAGUUCGGGGUAAAAUGGGGGGAGCCAUUUCUGACCCUGCUGAAGAUGCUGGACAUUGUAGCCUUCGAUGUGCUGCUGAGUUCCCUGAGUUCCAUCCGAUGCUUUGCGCAGUUCUCUGCGCUCUCAUUAUUCAUCGUGCAGACGUGUUUUUUCCCAUGCGUGCUUGUGGUCAUUCUGGCCCUGACCCACUUCUGCUACAGCAAGGUGAAGAGGGCUUCUGGCAAGGAGGUUCCCCUACGUCUGUUUGGACGGUCCAUGGGAUUUCUGGCGGUGCUGUUUUUCAUUGCGGUGUGUUCCAUGCUGCUGAGGCCCUUUCGGUGCAAGGGACAUCCAAAUGGCCUGUACACUGUGGUUGACUACCCAGACGUUUUCUGUGACGGGCAAGGAGUUCAUCUGCAGAUGUGCUUGUGUGGUGCUUUUGGCCUUUUGGCCCCGCUGGCUUUCCUGUCGCUUUGUGCGUGGGUCAUAGUUGUUGAGUUUCCAAGAAAGGUCAGGGCUGCUGAAGCCAAUUUUGUGCGUGCGUGGUCCUUCCUGGCAAUGCGUUUUCGACCCGGAGCUCAAGGCUUUGCGGUGCUAUUCCUCUUCCGAAACUUGAUCAUUGUGCUGUGCCCUUUACUUCCGUCCGAGACUGCCAGGAUGCUCACGAUGAAUUUUAUCCUUUAUGUCAGCUUGUGUUGCUCUUCUUAUGUGAAGCCGUGGCGGGUUCGGCUGAGUACGCACCUGGACCUCAUGAUGCAUGCAGGAGCCCUCACCAUUCUUGAUAUUGGUGCCUUGUUCGUCCCUUCCGCAGACCUUCCAAGUUCCAUGCUCGCAUGCGUGGUGAUUGCCAUUCUGGUGGCAACGUCUCUGACGCUUGCUAGCCUAUAUGGUCUGCUCAGGCAUAUCAUCUCGAAGACCCACAAGCGGUACGCUUUCUUCAUGUGCCAUCACAAGCAGGCUGCAGGCAGCUUGGCACGUCUUUUCAAAAUAGAGCUGCAACAUCGAUCAGCGAAAUUCCGGACCUUUAUUGACUCUGAUGACUUGAAGGAUCUAUCGAAGCUCUUCAACCAUGUCGCGCAUGAUGUGGAGAAGAUGGUAAUUCUUGGGAUCGUCUUGCCUGGUUUCACCAUGCCCGAUGAAGCUUUCAGGAGACACUAUGCUUACGCCGUUGGUGAUGUCAGAGACUUGUCCAGUUUGGGGAUAGGGCUACCUGAAGUCACGGAUACAUUGAAGUGGCUUUGGACCCUGGACUCUUUGGAUUUGGGCGUCGUCAGUGCGGAGAGUAUUGACGAUGUUGUCAGCAGCCUCACCCAGAGCUCGGGCACCAGCAUUUGCCAAGGCUCAAAGCAGAAGGAUGUGGAUGCCGUGAUUCUGGCUGACCCGGAGGACAUGGAAGCCGUCUCAACGGCUUUUGUCCUUUAUGACCUGCUUGCCCCCCUUCUGGUGGGCACGGCAAGUCUGAAGCUUGCGGUCCUCACACGUGAUCAGCAGAUUCCGACGGAUUCCGUGUGCGCUUUACUAAUCUGCAGCGAUGGCGGCUUGGCCUCCAAGCAGGUCGCAGAGUGGCUAAUGCAGGCAAGCUAUCUGACCUUCUGUGCAGUCCUGCCCAUCCUUGUGACCGACGAAUUCCAGUUCCCAUCCCUCUCUUCCUUCCGCGAGAUCGCGAGCAGUGGUAUAGAAAACGGCGACGCAGCCUCCUAUUUCAGGAUCAUAAAGGCAGUUUUCCAGGAG